UCGUCUCGAUCCAAUGGCAAGUGAACAAUGGAACGACGAUAUCGCGUACGCGAUGACCCCCCUAAUGCUCGUAUUGUGGCCUUUAGGUGUUUGGCCGCUUCAAGUUUAUAACAUAUAUUCCCUAAUACGAUGCGUUGUAACCACUUGUUGCAUGAGCAUAAUAGUGAUCUUGCCGUCCAUCGAGCUUUAUCUGGGCUGCACCGACGCGGAGAAAAACGUCGACGCGCUCAUGUUGAUCUGUUGCGGAAUACUCGCUAUGAUGAAGAUGAUAUGUUUCCGCAUUUACGCGAGCAACUUCACCAAGAAUUAUAGCUCCGCUCUGAACGAUUAUUUUAUGAUCGAAAACGAAGAGCAGCGUGCCAUUAUGCACAGACACGCUCUUAUAGGAAGGACUCUCUUGUGUUCCCUGAUAUCCGUUUCUUACUUUGACUGUGGCAUAUACGGGCUAGUGCCGUUUUUGGGUAGUAACGACUUCAACCAGACCAACAUAACAAGUGAAGGUAUCAUAUUGGAGUACACAAUACCGUCAAGAUGCGCUUUGAAGUAUUUGAACGCGCCGAACAUGCAUAAGAUUUACUGUUUCGUCGAAUUGCUGGCGAUGUUAGUCGCAAGCACAAGCAACUAUGGCAACGACAUUUUGUUUCUGCACGUUGCGCUGCAUAUUUGCGGGCAAGUGAAAAUUCUCAAAUCCAAGCUUAUCAAUUUUGACGUCGCGGGGCCGCGAGUCUAUGAUCGUUUCUAUAUGCUAAUUCAGAAACACAGCCAUUUACUGAAGAUGACCAAGAUACUUGCCAAUGCGAUCAGUUUGAUCCUGCUGAUGCAGUUAUUUGUUAGUAGCAUACUUUUAUGUAUAAUAGGAUUUCAAUUUAUCUUGGCGUUGAAAGUCAACGACAUUACUAUGACGCUGAAAAGCUUCAUGGUACUGAACGUCUUUUUAACACAAAUAACAAUAUAUAGUUUCGUCGGCGAUUACUUGAAAUCUCAAAUAGAGGAAGUUGGUACUUUUAUUUAUCAGAGCAUUUGGUACGAUCUUCCUGGGACAUUGACGAAAAAUUUAACAUUCAUCAUCAUGCGAGCUCAAUCUCCCGUGCAGUUCCAAGCUGGAAAUUUUAUCGUGGUAAACCUCAUGACCUAUACGAACAUCCUGAAGACUUCUGCUUCGUAUUUGUCUGUGCUUCGCGUAAUGGUGGAACCGUAAGAGGUAUCAUGA